CAUCCGAAAAAAUUUAUCUUCGAAAUGAAAAACACGUCUUCAGAACAUUUCAAAUGUCUUCAAAAUCUUCAAAGACAAAUCAUCAAAUCUGGCAUCUCUGCGUCCAGCUGCGGCAAAUAAUUUAGUUAUGUCAAUUUAUUAAUCAAAAUAUUUUUUUAAAUUUUGAAUAUAUUGAUCCUGAAUUGUUUAACAUGCGGGAGUUUGUGUUGUUCAUGUUAUAUGUUGGAUUUGUCAUAUGUGGUCCCGAGGAAAACGAAGGUGUAAAAUACGCGAGCCAAUGUGAAGCGUGUAAAAUUUUAGCCACAGAAUUGGAGACUCGUCUUUCGGAAACAGGACGAUCGCACGAUGUAAUUGAGUUGGGGUACUCGGUAGACGACGUGAAGCCAAAAAAGCGGACGGAGUAUCGAAAGAGUGAACUUCGUCUUUUGGAAUCAAUGGAAUACGUCUGUGACCGCAUUUUAGAAUACAAUAUUCACAAAGAACGCAAGGAUAGCACCAGAUUUGCGAAAGGAAUGUCUCAAACUUUUCAAACGUUACAUGGACUGGUGGAUAAAGGUGUGAAAGUAGAUCUCGGCAUUCCGUAUGAGCUUUGGGAUAAACCGUCGGCUGAAAUAACUCAAAUGAAAACUCAAUGUGAAACUAUGCUAGAGAAUUUUGAAAACGUUAUUGAAAAGUGGUAUUUCAAUAAACAAGCGGAAAUCCCCCUUAUCAAAUAUCUUUGUGAGGAUCAGGUGCUGAAAGGAAAAGAUCAUAAAUGUUUGUAUGAAAUGUUUGACGGAUCCAAGGCUGAUGCAAAACAAGAGCUGUGAGAUAAUUCCAAAAAUAUUUUAUUUGCGAUUUUUAAGUAAUCAUUUUAUUGAAGAUGAGCUCAUCACGUAUCGUUUAAGGUUAUCUGCAAAUGGAUUAUAAAAGUCAUUGUAGAUAAAAUAGGAUAUAAUUUUUUUACCUUUUAUAAUAAACACAUUAGUUGUUAGAUCC